AUUUUCAAAAUGGUUCAACAGGAAGAUAAUUUUUCAAAAAAUAACUAUAAAGCAGAGAAAGGAAUCAUGGGUCAAGCUGUUUGUGGUGCUCCUCCCCUCUCUGAUCCCCCCUCACCAGGCUCACCCAUGGCUUCUGUUGAGAGUAACGGCAACAACCCGAGCUCUCCGUGUGAACGCACAGCUGCUGAAGUUCAGGAAACUCUGUCAAGUUUGUCAGCAGUUGAUGGGGUCUCAAAAGAAGACCUGAUUGCCAAGCUCCGUACUGUUGUCACUAAGAACCUGGAGCUAAAAGAAACUCUGGCGCAAAAUAAUCUUGCCUUACGCCAUCAACUUGCAUUGGUGGUGCGCUGGAGUCAGCAGUCCCAGCUGCAGAAACAGCAACAGCACCAAAAUUUAUCCAGGGCUGCCAUGCAGAUCUCUGCUCUGCAGCAUGAAAAUGCUGCUCUGAAGAGUGCAGCCAAGCGUGAUGGAGCGGCCAGUGGAGGGGAUUGCAGUGCAGAGAUAUUGGCUUUGCAAGCUCGCCUGUCAUCCGCUGUGCAGCAAAUGCAGCAGCUGCAGCAAGAAAAAGACAAGAUGGACGCUCUCAGAGCUAGACUGGAGGGAGACAUCACUCUUCUUAAGUGUGAUAUAAGCACCCUCCGACGUGACCACGAGCGUUCUGAGAUGGAGCGCUCACACUUGCAAGCCAUCAACUCUAAGCUCAAGCAGCAGCUGCGCCUGCACCACAUGUCGCUGCAAGACCAGCAGCACGCAGCUGGUGGCGAAGGUGACGAAGCCUCUAGUGAGUUGAACUCGACACUACAGAGAGAGGCGGAGGCAGCACGGGUGCAGGUUGAGGCUCUACAGUGCGACCUGCAGCGAGCGCGCCACAAAAUAGCUUUGCUCGAGAGCGCCGCCGGUGCUUCCAAAAUGGAUAUGGGGAUCCCUCUGGAUCAGGUGAAGCUGCAGGAAGAAGCUUCUCUGCUGAAAGAAGACGUUGAGGUGCUGGAGAAGACGCUGGCUGCAGAGCGCAUCAAGUUGGCCGAGGAGCGGCAGGAGAGGAGCAAGGCAGCGGCCGAGGUGACUGCGCUGCGCACGGAGCUACAGGAAGCGAGGGACGUAAUCCACCGCAACUCCAACACUGACCAGUACUACCAGGCCAAGAUAAAAAGCAUCAACGAGCAGCACGACGCGGUCACUGCCAAGCUUUUGUCCUACGAGGAACUUCUUUCGGCCAAGAACGAUGAGCUGGCCAAGCUGAAGAAAGACUGCGGGCAAGCCAAGGCGAAGCUGGCGGAGUUCCAGAGCGAGGGAGAAACUAUCUCCAUUCUGCGAGCUCAGGUGGAGGUGUACCAGGGCGACUUCCGUGCUGAGCGGGAGGCGCGUGAAGCGUUGGCGAGCGAGCGCGAGCAGCUGCGCGACGACAUCAGGCAGCUGCAGCACCGCAACACGCAGCUGCUGGACGAGCUACAGGCCGCCCAGCACGUCACUUACUCGGCUAGAAAGAGCGGUUCUCGGGCUGGGUCUCAGGAGCCCCAAGAGUCCCUGACGCCGCCACCGUCGCUGAGCAUCACCAGCCGCGGGGGCGACGCUACAGGAGCGCUGUCCCUGGACCAGCUCUCGCACAACCUGGAGACUAGGGACGGCGAGAGGAGCAAGGCGAACGAGGAGGUGUUGGAUGAAUCGCUAUUUUAUUGCCCCAAGUGCAAUAAGUCCUUCGCUGAGCUCAGGCCACUGGAGGAACACGUCAAUCGCUGCCUCGAUGAAGAUUGAAACCAACGCGACUCUAGCAGCCUGCCCAGUGUCGGAAGAAAGACGGCGCCAGCUUGGAAUAACCGCUUCGUGUGUGCAAUUUUAGCUAAUAUCGGUUAUUUUGGCAACAAAGUAAAGAAUGCUUGUGAAAUUCAACGGGGGCUUUUCCUACUACAGUAGGGUGGAUAAAAAUUUCCUUUCACAAGUUUAAAUACGGUUCGUCUAUCACUAAACCCACGUCGUAAUUAUGUUAAAGUCGAAAUGUGGUACACGCAUAUUUCUUCAUGACUAUGUCAAUUUAGAUUCAGGCUCGUGUGUGAAAUCAACACUGAUAAAUGUAUUGAAGAAUCGUACCAUCAUAACAAACUAGUCAUAAAUUAGUUACGAUUAAUUAAGUUUCAAAAUACUAAUAGUACGUAGUGUGCAAGUCCUUACUAUAAGUUCAAUAGGAAAGUUGUUUCUAUGCAUGGCGGAAAAACGUAAAUAAAGACUGAAAUCAACUUCAGUCUUUGCAGAUUAACUGUUCAACGCUUACUAAUUCGCCUGCAGCUCGUUACUAACAUGUUGCUAAAUAAAAUAUAUAAUUAAUAUCUCAUUUUAUUAAAGACGUUCUUUUAUACAGACGCAACUCUCGACGAAAGCCGCAGAUUUAAAAGCCUGGUGGCACUGGAACUCCACUUUCCUUGGCCAAGUAUAGCAUCUCCUCUGCAAGAAAAUAUAGAAUUCGUUUUUGAACAUGACAGAAAUAUUGAUCGCUGAAAAAUCAGGAUAAUAUUUCACUCUAAUUACAAUCCUGCCACACUAAAUUUACAAGAAUAAAUAUUUUUGCAGUUAUUGUUACAAAUGUAUGAUUAAAGAACAAAUUGUACCAGGUAUGGAAUCUCAACGGCCCUGAUAAUAGCAAUUAGCAAAGGCAAAUUAACGUUCGCACUCGACUCCACUCACCCCUAUUGGCUUUACUCUUCAGUUCAGCCGCCAGCUUUUGCCUUGCAGGGGCCAGUCUCGCCUCCUCCUCUCUGAAGGCAUUCUCCUUCUUCUGCAGAGACUUGAAAUGCACGGAGCCGUACAGAACACCCAGCAGGAGAGCAGACCACCUCGCAGUCUGAACAAAAUAUAAGAGAGAACAAUCAGAAAUUCCCCGGUGGCAAAUUGAGCAGGUGGAAUUUAUUCCAGAAAUUUACGUCAUCAAGAUGCAUAAUCAUAAAUAGAGAUGCAUACCUUCAAUGACGUUUCAGCAUUAAUAAUGAAAUUAUAUAUGAAGUUUACAUGAAUUUGAAUAUUCACAUACGGCAAAAAAAAAAAAAAAACUCCACGUGGGUAUUAGUUGUUAAAAGAUUGGAAUCAUUAAGGGAUAGGAAUAUUUUCUGUAAAAUUUACUAUCUGAGUCAUAGCAGUUGAGGCGCUUACUUCAACUAAAUAAACAUUUCAGCAUAACUAACGCUUCAGUGUGUUUUAUAUACAUACCUAUACAUAAUCCCUACCUACCAACCUUGUAAGAUAAAUACAUGGAAUAACUUAUAUUUCCUCUUGGAAUAGAAUCCAAGUUAUUGAAUGCUAUAAUCAGCUUCAGCGUGGAUGAAAUGAAUUCAAUGAAGCAGUCCAUUUCACUAGAUCACCAUUGAUCUAGUGAAUGGGGCGCGGAUGACGCACGAUUAAA